AUGAGUUACUUCUCAUUCGGUGACCUUCCCACCAUCCAGACCCGCAAGGCCUUGCUGCUGCUCGAUUUCCAGAAUGACUUUGUUCGGCCAACCGGAGCGUUGCAUGUCCCCAACACGCCUGAUAUCCUCGAGACCCUGCCUCAGCUGGCAGCAGCCUUCCGUCGCGUGGGUGAUGUAGUAUGGGUGCGAUCUCAAUUUGAUACCCCACAGGCCAUCACCGAUUGGAACUUUGGAGAUCGCAUUGUUUUGGAUCGAGAACCCCCGUGCAGGAAACCUUUACCUUCAUCUGAUGUGAUUGAAGUCGGAUCGGACCGUGAUUCACCUGAGCCUAUUGAUCCAGAGGCCUUCCUGUCUGCCGACCCAUCGCUAUGUGUUGCUCCCCAGACCCCGGGGUAUCAGUUCCCCGCACCGAUCCUUGCCGCCAUUGAUGCCCAAAAAGAUACUGUUAUGGACAAAACAGGAUACUCUGCCCUGGAGUCGCCUGGUCUGAUACUGUCAUUUCGAACACGCUUCGUCACUGAACUAUAUCUCUGUGGCUCGCUGUCCAACGUGUCCGUGUUUGCCACCGCUCUGGAUGCUGUCCGCAAUGGCUUUUCCGUGACCCUGGUGGAGAACUGUUUGGGAUUCCGUGAUUUCCAACGGCACCAAGAAGCUAUGCGGCGCAUGGCCGACAUCCUCGGCGCGACUGGUACAACCUCGCAGGAGCUCACCCAGGAGCUAGAUUGGGAUGAGACCGACGCAAUUGCUCGCCAAGGCGCACCGCAGCCGAAGAGAUCCGCCAAUACAGCUGGCAUUGAGAGCAUCAUGGACGGACUGGAGGCCUGGAACGCCAAUGAUACCACACCAAAGGAUGAUCCACAAGAAGAGGACGAGUGCAAUCUUUCGGAGCUUGCCUCUCGUUCCCGCGCACAGCGCGCUGCCGCGCAGGCGCGGGGCACAGCGGAAGAGAAGAAGAAAGUGCGGGCGCGAAUCCGUCGUCCAAAACGCCGAGAGCCUACACCCGAAUCUGGAGCUAGACCUCACGCGGAUAUUCGCCAGCAAGAUAUGUUUUCCAAGCCAGGGGAAACACCCAGUACAUCCCAAAGUGGCAUUGGAGAAGGUGACUCGCGUAUUGUGCACAAUAUCGAUCUGCCAGCGGAUGCAUUCGAACGCAUCCAGGCGGAGGUGGAAUGGCAGAAGAUGUAUCAUCUCUCGGGUCUAGUUCCUCGAUUGGUGGCCGUUCAAGGCCAAGCUCAGCCUGAUGGAGCGAUACCCAUCUAUCGGCAUCCUGCUGACGAGUCUCCAGCUUUCAGGCCUUUUACCCCUGCAGUGGAUGCAGUGCGGGCGACGGUUGAGCGCAUACUGGGUCACCCUUUGAACCAUGUGCUCAUCCAGCUUUACCGUGAUGGACAAGAUCGCAUCUCAGAACAUUCAGAUAAGACGCUGGAUAUUGUGCGAGGGUCUUUCAUUUGCAACGUCAGUUUAGGUGCUGAGCGCGUAAUGGUUCUUCGGACCAAGGCUUCAGCAUCUGAGUCUGCAGAAGGGGCGGAAUCAGGUCGGACCACGCAGCGCGUACCUCUUCCUCAUAAUUCCCUCUUUGUUUUGGGUCAAAAUACGAACAUGCGAUGGCUUCAUGGAAUCCGGGCAGACAAACGGCCUGAUUCGAUCAAGUCUACUGCCGAGCAAGCAUACGGCGGCCAGCGUAUUUCCCUUACUUUCCGGCAGAUUGGCACUUACAUCGAGCCUGCGACCAACACAAUUUGGGGCCAAGGAGCUAUCAGUAAGACAGUAGACCAAGCGCGCCCGGUAAUCCAUGCAGAUGCCGCUGGAACAGAACGACUCAUUGCUGCCUUCGGCCAAGAAAACCGUGCUACCGAGUUUGACUGGGACGCUGUGUAUGGCGAAGGCUUCGAUGUAGUCAACUUCGUCACUCCUUCUACAGCACAGCUGGUACUCAGCGGAGAUUCUGUGAUUGAUUUGCGUGUACGACUUUGCCUGGGAGAAAACGGCAUUCGAUACGAAGUGGUUACCGGCUAUGGAGAACAGGGUAUCCGCAAUGAUCAGACACCGGUCUUGCCAUUGUACAUUGCUUCCGAUGGGUCAACGGCCGCUGGUGACUCUGCUAUCCUGACACUCUUCGCCCAACGAGUCGAGAUUACACGGCCAGGUGCAGGUCCAUUGCGUGGAGGCGACUACUUGCCAAUAAUCGACCAAUUCUUGAUGCACUGGCGCGAACAUCGUGCCAACAAUCCAGUCCAUGCGUUUGAGUUCGGCUUUGAAGAUUGGGAGCGUGUCCUUGAUGGGCAACACUACCUAGGAGGUACCUUGCUCGCCAUCGACGACUGUUCACUCUGGCCGGUUUUUCGGGAGAUCAUGCAAACACAAGGCGCGUUCGAUACCCGGUUUACAAAUGUGAACCAAUACUACCAGCGAGUCGCGAAGCGAGGUAUCGUCCGGUCAAUUCUGGAAGAAUGA